UUCGCGCUAGAGGCAAAAUACGUGCGUUUGUGUAUAAAAGUCACAACUUUACGAUUCAACGAUACAUUACACGAUAGUUUUUAAACGAAAAUAAUUAUAAAUCAAUCAAUCAAUCAUUCAAUUAAAUAAUUACUAUUUUUAAAAUAUAUAAUAACAAAUAGUUUAGAAUAUAAAAUAAAAAACAAUAAUUAGUUACAAAUGAAUCGGACUAGAAAAAAAUUAGUACUGUGUCGUCAUUAUAUAUUUAUUUAAAAUUCUACUGGAUAUUAAUUUUUAUUGUGAUAUUUAAUUACAAAAAUGGAAGAUAAAUUCGAUCCAAAAGAAAAAGAAGUGUUGACGGUGGAUCCAAAAACCCAACCAAAAAUCCAAGGAUCUUUUAUAAUGGAUAAAUCAGCUACUUUGCUGCCUCAAAAUGGUCAUAUAGAACCAGAAAAUCCGCAUUUAUCACACGGAAGCGCAACAAGACAAAUACUUGCCGCUUUUGUAGCCCAGCUGGGGACAGUCAACACCGGAAUGGCUUUUGGAUUCUCAGCAAUAGCCAUUUCACAAUUACGAGACGCUAACAGUACAAUGCAAAUAGACGACACCCAAGAAUCUUGGAUUGCAAGUAUGUCAUCAAUAGGAACACCAAUAGGAUGCCUACUAUCCGGUUACUUGAUGGACCAAUUAGGCAGAAAACGUUCCUUGAUAAUAACCGAAAUUCCCGCGUUAUUGGGCUGGCUCCUGAUAACUUUUGCCAGCAAUAUUGAGAUGAUUUAUGCCGGAAGAUUCUUCACUGGAUUAGGAUCAGGGAUGGUCGGUGCACCAGCACGUGUGUACACCAGCGAAGUAACUCAGCCCCAUUUACGGGGAAUGUUGACAGCUCUUUCAAGUGUUGGAGUCAGUACAGGUGUAAUGUUAGAAUACGCGAUGGGUGGAGUGACCAGUUGGAAAAUUUGCGCUGCCAUAAGUAGUUUAAUUCCAGCAUCCGCUUUGAUACUAAUGUUCAUAUUUCCCGAAACUCCUUCAUACUUAAUUUCAAGAAACAAACCCGAAAAAGCGCGAAAAGCAUUAGAACACUUUCGCGGAAGUUCUUAUAAUCUUAAUAAAGAAAUGGACACGCUUAUUAACUUUUCAAAUAAAAAUAAUCUCAAACGUCUGACAACUCCCAAAGAAAUUUUGCACGCAAUCCUUCAGCCAAAUGCGCUCAAGCCGUUUGCUCUGCUGUUUUUUUACUUUCUGAUCUAUCAGUGGUCAGGAACAAACGCCGUGACCUUCUAUGCGGUUGAUAUUUUCCAAAAAUCCGGCACCACUAUCAAUAAAUAUUUAGCUACGACUAUUUUGGGAGUCGUUAGAUUCUUCUCAACAAUAUUGGCGUGUAUUUUGUGCCGGAAAUGCGGCAGGAGGCCGCUGACAAUGGUGUCGUCUAUAGGAUGCGGGCUAACGAUGAUUGGAUUGGGCACUUAUAUGUGGGUUAAUAAUUACUGGAAAGUCAACAAUAUUCCUGCUACAUUCACAUGGGUACCGGUAGUUUGUAUUUUUGCGUACACAAUUGCUUGUACUAUUGGAUUUCUUGUUAUACCCUGGAUUAUGAUUGGCGAAGUUUAUCCGGUACAAGUUAGAGGAAUUAUUGGUGGGUUUACAACAAUGUCUGCUCAUUGCUUUGUAUUUAUGGUUGUAAAAACAUUCCCAUUUUUACGUGCCUCUAUAACUGAACACGGUACAUUUUUAUUGUACGGUUUUAUUUCAUUGUUUGGGACCAUUUACUUUUAUAUAUGCCUGCCGGAAACGAAAAAUAAAUCAUUGCAGGAAAUAGAGGAUUAUUUUUCGGGAAGAAAUUCGACGCUGAAAACAGGACGACUAUUCAAGAAAAAACAAGAAAAAAAUUUGCGGAUACAAAAAGGAGAAAUAUUGCCGAGAUAAAUUAUAUAAAUUUAUGUCAAAAUUUUGUAUAAUUUGUUUGAAUUCAAAAUAUCGAAGUAUCGGAUUUUGAUAAAUAUUGAUGUGGACAAAUUUUAAGUUUUAUUUUUUUAUAUUAAAUCGAUUACGAUACAUCGAUUUCAAAAAUACGAUAUCAAAUUUUUGACAUCGAUUUAUCGUUAUUGAUUUGAAAAAUUUGAGAUAUCGAAUCAAAUUUCGUAUGAUCGAUCGAAAUAAAUCAAUUUUAAAAAUUUUGAAUGUUGAUUUCAAUUAAAUUUUAAGGCAGUGAUUCGAUAGAUCGAGCGCAAUUUCAAGUGAUCGAUUGUGAUAAAUCGAUUUUAAAAUUUGAAUCUGAGUUCAAGGUAUCGAUUUCUGUAAAUCGAUUCAAAAAAUUCUAUAUUAAAAUAAUAAAUUUUAAUUGAUCGAUUAUUAAAAUCCGAAAUGUUAAUAUCGAUAUAUCGAAUAAAAUUUCAAGAUAUACAUUUCGAUAAAUCGAUUUUAAGAAUUCAAAAUAUUAGUAUCGAUAUAUCGAAUAAAAUUUCAAAGUGUAGAUCUCGAUUGAUCGACUGUAAAAAUUCGAAAUAUUAAUAUAGAUAUAUCGAAUAAAAUAUCAAGAUGUAGAUUUCGAUAAAUCGAUUGUAAAAAUUUGAAAUAUUAAUAUCGAUAUAUCGAAUAAAAUUUCAAGAUGAAGAUUUUAAUAGAUCGAUUGUGAAAAUUCAAAAUAUUAAUAUCGAUAUAUCGAAGAAAGUUUGAAGGUAUAAAUUUCGAUAGAUCGAUUGUAAAAAUUCAAAAUAUUAAUAUCGAUAUAUCGAAAAAAAUUUCAAGGUGUGGAUUUCGAUAGAUCGAUCGUAUAAACUCAAAAUAUUAAUGUCGAUAUAUCGAACAAAAAUCCAAGGUGUGGAUUUCGAUAAAUCGAUCGUGUAAACUCGAAAUAUUAAUGUCGAUAUAUCGAAUAAAAUUUCAAGGUGUGGAUUUCGAUAAAUCGAUUGUUAAAGUUCGAAAUAUUAAUAUCGAUGUAUCGAAUAAAAUUAUAGAAUAUAGAUUUCGAUAGAUCGAUUUUAAAAACUCGAAAUAUUAAUAUCGAUGCAUCGAAUAAAACUACAGAAUGUAGAUUUCGAUAGGUCGAUUUAAAAAAUUCGAAAUAUUAAUUUCGAUGCAUCGAAAAAAAUUACAGAAUGUAGAUUUCGAUAGAUCGAUUUUAAAAAUUCGAAAUAUUUAUAUCUAUAUAUUUAAUAAAAUUUCAUGGUAUAAAUUUCGAUAUAUCGAUCGUGUAAACUCGAAAUAUUAAUAUCGAUGUAUCGAAUAAAAUUACAGAAUAUGGAUUUCGAUUUUAAAAAUUCAAAAUAUUAAUAUCGAUAUAUCGAAUAAAAUUUCAAGGUGUGGAUUUCGAUAAAUCGAUUGUUAAAGUUCGAAAUACUAAUAUCGAUGUAUCGAAUAAAAUUAUAGAAUAUAGAUUUCGAUAGAUCGAUUUGAAAAAUUUAAGUUAUUAAAAAUAACAAAUAAAAUCAAAAUUAAAAGAACUGAUAUCGAUAAAAAAAAUUUGAAAUAUCGACUUAAAAAUUUGCUUAAGUAUAUAAGUUAAUAAUUAGCUUAUAAAUGAAUUAUUUUCGUACUAUAGUCUUUCAUAAGUAAUUAAAAAUGCAUAAUAUUUUAAUAAUUGUGAUAUUUAAAUCUAAAAAUAAAUAACAAAACAAAAAAAUCUUAACUCAAAAUGCUCUUUGAAGUAUUCCAUAGACAAGUCAAGGUGCUAUACUUUAAAAAGUGAAAUAAGUUUUUAAAAAAUUAACCGUGCCAAUAAAUGUAUUAAAUAAUAUAAAUAAUAAUCCUUGUAAAUAUUAAUACUGAUAAGACU